UCCCGUUUCGAAGUUAAGAUAAUUAUUCUAUUAUUUCGGGCCGCGUCUCUAGAUUCGAAUUCACGUCGAUCUCCAUCAAUCGGCGAAUCCAGUGAAAUAAAAUACAGUUCCACAAUGGAUUUGGAAUUCGACUCUCCUACGGUGUUCAUUGAAGAUGUCACAUUACCUUCAUUGUUGACAAGUUUUAGUACAUCAACUACAAGUUCAGUAGAGUUCACAUCAUCCGAAUCAGAGUCAGAAACUACUCGAAUACCCAUUACCAAACCGAACACAAAUAAGUAUAUUAAUUACAAAGGUCCAAUAAAGUCAUAUUCACUAGCUGAUUUAACGACAAUAAAAUCUUUCAAACCACUUAUACGAGAAGAUUCAGCUAUAUAUUCUACAGAAACAUUAACCAGUGCCAUGACUUCUAGAACAGAAUCAGGUAUUCAUAACUCUAAUAGUUGUCUGAACUCCUCAGGUAAAAAUAAGAAAAAAUAUGCACAUGUUGAAAGUAAAGUAAAACAAUACAUUAAAGAUAUUAAAGAUAAUGAAGCUAAAAGUAAAGCUAUAAGAUAUAGUUUACAACCUUCAUCAAGAAAACAGCAAGUAAAUAAAUAUGUUGAUGAAAUGAUUAAAACUGAAGGUGAAGAAAUUAUAAAUUUAAAGAGCAAUUUGAAAAAACUUGAAAUUCAAUUAUUGGAGAAAAAUAGACUAAUAGAACAACUCCAAUACAAUUAUAAAGUAAUGGAAAAUAAGUAUAAUUCUGCGACAAAUAUUAUUUUAAAAUUGGCCAAACCUAGUAGAGAUGUGUUAAAAUUUACUGAAAAUGAAUUAAUAGAGCCAUUAUCCCCGGGUUAUAGUAUACCGCCCCCUAAAGAAGUUUGGGGCCGUGGCUAUAAAUUAAAACCGUCAAAUACGUUAUCAGCAAUACAAAAAGAAAACUCAAAUCUAGAAAAAGAAAAUGGUCUCAAGGUUCGAAAAGUGAAAUCAGGAGGUGACUUAAUAAAUUAUUCCAAUAUUGGUGCCUACAAAACACUGAGAGACUCGAGAUCUGCUAUACAAAAGGUGAAGUUGUGGCAAGAAUCGUUAGCAAGCACUGAUGUUUCUGAAAUGGACACAGAUCAAGAUGUAGAAUUUCCAUUACCACAUUCAUAUUCUGUAUCAUCUAAUGAUUUAUCACUGAGUUCACUAGAAAUUGCACCAGUGAUAAGUAACAAAUAUCAGAAUAAACAUGAAUGUCGCAGUGAUUCAUCUGGUUGUGGUAUGUCUUCAACCAGAGUCUCUAAGGAAAAUACAUUAGUAAGCGGUAUUAAUAUAUUAGUUGAUAACAAUGAAUUGUGCUCUCCCAGUGAAAUGGUAAAACUACACUCCUCUACACCUAUAAAAAAUAUUGGGCAUAAUUUAAAUUCAACUAAAACCAAAAACACAACUGUAUCAAACAAACAAAAUGAUGAAUCACAAAAACGCCGUUCAUCGAAAAAACAUAGAAAAUCGAAAUCUAAAAUUGAAGAAAGCCAAUGCCCAAAUGAAGUAGACGAAUUUAUGUGCCAAUUUAAACAUUGCAUUGGUGUCAUAAAUGGAGUAGUCACAAAAAUGGAAGAAAGCUUUAUGUCACAGAGAUAAUUUUUUUAAAAUUUAAAAUGUAUUGUGCCUUUUUUACAUACCUAUGUUAUUUAAUAAUGAAUCGAGUUUCAAGGUUUAUUAAAGAGAAUCUUGUAUAUAUAUAGUAUCUAUUUUUAUAUUGAAGAGAUUCUUGUCUUAUUAUACAACUGUUUUGUUAUGAUUUUUGUUCAAAUGUUUGUUUUUUUUUAUAUAUUGUCAUUAAAAUUAAAUUAAAUUAAAAAAAUUAAUAUUUUAUUAUGUUGUUAGGUAUAGGUAUAACCAAAACUUAUAUUAGACUGUUAAGCUAGAAUGUUCUGUUAAUACAAAUUUAAUAUAAUAUUACUUUAGUAUACUGUAUUCCAUGAAUUACGUUACAAAAAUGAAUUACUUUUAUCUAUUUAUUGUAACACACAUUGAACAGUUCAAAAACUAUAAAUAAGUAUCUUAAAUUCUAGACAAGCCCAUGAUAAUUGAUAAAUAUAUAUAUAUGUAUACAAAUAAUUUUUUCCCAGAAAGUCCAUACCAUGUUAUCAUCCAUUUUAUCAUGACUUAUUAAUUGUAGUUCUUAUUGAACUUAUAUAAUAUAUUAAUAGAAAUUAUUAUAAUAAUAAUGUAACAAUUAAUUAACUCUUUAUAUGAAAGCUUCUGCCAAUGAACUAAUUAAAAUUAAAUUUAUAAGUGCAUCAAAACAUAUUUCUAAAAAUGCAAGUAAUUAUUAUAUAAAUUAAGGGUACAGAAACUUUGCAAAUUUUGUAACUUUGUUAUUAAAAAUCUAUAAUUCAAUUCAUAUAUGUAUGUAUCUAUAUUAUUUUUAAACUUAUGGUUUAUGUU